GAGCUCUUGACUGUGAAGUCACUAUGUCCUCCUCAAGCUCAGAUUCUGGUUCUGACAAUGAAGAUGUUGUCUCGCGCGUCCUGAAAAGAUCAAAAUCGUAUACAAACGACGAAGACGCUCAACCUUUAACUUGGCUUUCCACCUUCGACAAUUAUUUCACGCAAUCUACCACCCGUUCACAGACAUCAUCGAAUGUAUUCUCGUCUCUCCUCUUGCCGCUUACCCAGGAUGAAUACGCAGACGCGAUACAUGCCUACAAAGCUCGUGUCGGCACGCAUAGAAAGCUGUCUCAGCCGACACCAGACGUCCUAGCUCGCUACACGCGUGAACUCGACGAAGGCUUCAAUCUUCUUUUUUAUGGCUUUGGCUCAAAACGACGCGUUCUGAACGAUUUUGCAGCAUCUUAUCUAUCAAGGAAAGGGCAUGUCGUUGUCGUUAAUGGGUUUGCUCCCGGCGUCGGGAUAAAGGAUGUGCUUACAGGCAUAGAGGACAUUAUUUCCGGCUUGGGAAACACGUCUUUCGGUAGUGGUGGUGGACUAGAAGGGCAGACACAAAGAGUAUAUGACUAUUUUUCUAGUAUAGAGAUAGGAAGAGAUAAUCCUAAGGCCAAGCCACUCUACGUUGUCAUCCACAACAUCGACGCCCCGCCGCUUCGCAGUCUGAAAGCUCAUUCCACGCUCUCCUUUCUCGCACUUAAUCCACACAUCCACAUCGUGGCAUCCGUUGACAGACUCAAUGCACCACUACUCUGGACUUCCUCCGAAAUAGCCGCACGCAAGCACGAAUCUCACUCUUCGUCUUCCUCCAGUAAAGGCGGGAGGCGCGGUUUUGCAUGGCUCUUUCAUGAUCUUACUACAUUAGCACCAUUCGAUGCUGAGCUUUCUUGGGCAGAUCGCGCGUCCAUAUCUGGUGCCUCUUCGU